UCCUCUUUCAAUUCCACGUGUUUACAUACCAGAAUGAGAACCGAAACAUAUUAGCUGAUUAUUCCCGUGUAGUGUAUUACUAAAAGCCUAAAUAUGGGCAAAUUAAAUGUUGUGGUGUUGCGGUAUUUAUCUCGAGAUGAUUUCCGAGUCCUCACAGCCGUUGAGAUGGGGAUGAAGAAUCAUGAGAUCGUCCCAGUGAAUCUGCUGUCUUCCAUCGCCAGCCUGAAACACGGGGGCUGCAACAAGAUUCUGAGAGAGCUGGUCAAGCACAAACUGGUGGCUUACGAGCACACUAAGGCUGUCCAUGGCUACAGGUUAAAUAACGGAGGCUACGACUACCUGGCACUGAAGACCUUCUGUUCACGCGAAGUCCUCAUCUCUGUCGGAAACCAGAUGGGCGUGGGGAAAGAGUCCGAUAUCUACAUCGUGGCCAGUCCAGAGGGCGACCAGUACGCUCUGAAGCUGCACAGACUUGGACGCACCUCCUUUAGGAACUUGAAGAACAAGAGAGACUACCACAAAGGAAGGAAGAACAUGUCUUGGCUCUACCUCUCUCGCCUCUCUGCCACGAAGGAGUAUGCCUACAUGAAGGCGCUGUACGAGCGAGGGUUUCCUGUCCCCAAGCCCGUGGACUACAACAGGCACGCCGUGGUGAUGGAGCUCAUCAACGGAUACCCACUGUGUCAGGUGCGGAAGCUGGAAGACCCGCCCUCCCUCUUCAACGAGCUCAUGGAGCUACUGGUGAAACUGGCCAAUCACGGCCUGAUCCACGGCGACUUCAACGAGUUCAACUUGAUGGUGGACGACCAGGAUCACGUGACGCUGAUCGACUUCCCACAGAUGGUGUCCACCACGCACUACAACGCUGAGUGGUACUUUGACCGUGAUGUCAAAUGUAUCAGAGAUUUCUUCGCGAGGCGAUUUAACUACGAGAGCGAAGUGUACCCAACAUUCAAAGACAUCCGGCGCUCCGUGUCCCUCGACGUGGAGAUCUCCGCCAGCGGCUUCACCAAGGACCUGGAGAGAGAUGCGGCCCUGCUGCAGCCUGCAGGACCCGAGGACGAGGAGGAGGAGGAUGGGGAGGGGGAGGAGGAGGCUGGAGAUGAAGGGGAGGACAGCGUAGACCUGGAGGAAUACAGACAUGCUAUGCUGGAACUGGAGGGGCUGAAAGUGUGCGACCCGCAGACAGACACCCCCCCCCAGUCUGAGGAGAGGGUGGAGGAGGAGGAGCGGAGAGAGGAGAGGGUGGAGGAGGAGGAGAGGAGAGAAGGAGGGUGUCCGAGACCGACCGACGCUUCCCAGGUUAACGGAAGGGAUGAGGCGGAUGAGGGGAAGGAGGGAGACGAGGGGAGACGUGACGAUGAGGAGGAGAAGGAAGUGGAAGAUGCCUGUCCAGACCUGCUGGACCUGUCUGCAGUUAACAAAGAGUUCAAACCAUUCAGAGAUUCAGACAGCCUCCUCCAUGUGGUUGAGCACAGUAGACGUCGGAGAACAGACAGUGAAGCCACCAUGGGCAGUACAGGGAGCUGCUCCACCAUACCUCCGGACGUGGUGCGUCAGAAGGUGCGCCGCCAGCUGAGCCAGCAGCAGAAGGCCGCCCAGCGGAGGAGACUGCAGAAGGGGGAGGCCAACCUGGUGACCCAGGAGAGGAGGGAGAACAACGACAACAUCAAGUCCAGCCUGGAGAGCGCCUCCUUCUGGGGCUGAGAGGAGGAGGAGGAGGAGGAGAGGGGAGGAGGAGGGGAGAGGAGAGGAGAAGGAGAGAGGAGAGGAGGUUUCUCUGACGUGAAAUGCCUAGCUAGAGGAAACACAAAGAGGAAAGGAAAUGACUUUGGACUAUUAAGACAUGCAUCACGUCGCCCCCAAGUCGUCAUCAGACCAGCCGUCAGACUGGGAAGGAGGCCGUGAAGAGGAGGAGGAGGACAGCAGGACGACAGGAGGGGGCAGUGUGACAGGGUGUGACGACCUGCCACAGACAGCUCCCUGGCUCGUGUGCACUGUGGCCGCUGUCAAUCAAACCGUGUAACCUUCCCUUGACAGCAACGACAAUAAAACAGUCACACGGACAAGGGAAGUGGAACGUGUGCGCUUCACUGAUUGUUUUGCAGUUCUCCACUGGCGUGACAAACUGAUCAUGUGAUGGGGUGGGUAUAGCUCAGAUCUUUUAACUGGAGGUCGGAAGGUUGCAGGUUUGAAUCCCCUAUACGUCUCUUUGAAUAAAAGGCUCU